UCUUCGAGCAUCCGGAGAGGAGAAAAGAAAAAAAAAAAAAAAAUUCAAAAUUCUCCCACUCAACAGUUUCACUCUCAUUUUCACCAGCCUAUAAACCCUAAACCUCACAUUCAUUUACUCUACCUGUCUAAGAAAAAAGCUUGAAGCAAUGUUCUCUCCAGCAACCAGGAGGACGCAUUUCAGCUCCCGAAAGGACCGAAAUCUAGGGCAGAAAGCAACUGAUUCUCCGAUUACACCUGCAACAGAUAGCCGUAAAUCUCUUCACGACAAUUCAAUUCCUGAUCGGCCUAGCACCGGUACUCCUGCUCCUUGGGCUCCUCGCCUUUCUGUUCUUGCCCGUAUACAACCAGCAAACAAAAAUGAGAAAGGGAAUGAGGUAGAUCCAAUUAAGCCUGUAUAUGUUGGAGACUUCCCCCAAGUAGUUCGUGAUGAACAGGCUGGCUUUUUGCAGAAGCAUUUUCUUGACAAUGUGGGUGUAUCUGGUGGAAUGGAUAAGGAAUCAUGCCUUUCUUGGAUUCUCUGUGGAAACAGACUCUUUUUAUGGAGUUACUUAUCCUCUGUGGCUUCAAAAGAUUGCGUUGUUCUUGAACUUCCUUCACAUGUUCUGGAUAUUAGAGACAUUGGGAAAGGUCCCUAUGAUGGUGGCAAUUGGAUGCUGUGUGUUGUCAAUUGGGAUAAAUCCCGCAGAAGAAUUAAGAAAGGUGUACAGGGUUCCAAUUCAGCUGGUAUUGUAAUGUGUAACAAAAAAUCUCAAGCAGUUGUCUACUGGCCUGACAUUUACUCUGGAGGGGGAUCUACUCCUGUUUCCAAUCUAUCUUCUGCUGAUGAAUUGGAAGUAACUUCUUCCUCUCUUGAUGGCAAGACCACCCCAAACGGGCAACGACAAUAUAAUAAGCCUGGAAGUAGUUCAAGUCGAUUGAAUUCUUUCAACUCUUUGAUUGCAGCUCCAAUGCCUGCCGUCCAGCAGGUGUGUGUUGCUUUGGUUUGUAGUUCCAGUGGUGAGCUAUGGCAAUUUUAUUGCAGCCCAACUGGCAUUCAACGUAGUAAAGCAUAUAGUGACAUAGUACCUGCAUCCUUUAAAGGAAAUGAUAAUGGUCAAUUUGUUUCGAGCAAGGGAUAUCCAAGGUCACUUAUUUGGCAUUUUUCACUCCAUUCUGAGGAUUCUGAAAGACAGUUUCUUCUGUUGACUGAUCAUGAGAUACAGUGCUUUAAUAUUACAUUUCAACCUGAUUUAAAUGUAUCAAAGCUCUGGUCCCAUGAAAUUGUUGGCACUGAUGGAGAUUUGGGCAUCAAGAAGGAUUUGGCAGGUCAGAAACGUAUCUGGCCUUUGGAUGUGCAGGUGGAUGAUCAGGGUAAAGUGAUCACCGUUCUCGUUGCUACAUUCUGUAAGGACAGGGUUAGCAGUUCAAGCUACACGCAGUACUCUCUUCUGACCAUGCAAUAUAAAUCAGGAGUGAACAUAUCUCCUAAUAUAAAUGAAAGAGUUUUGGAGAAAAAAGCUCCAAUCCAAGUGAUAAUCCCAAAAGCAAGAGUAGAAGAUGAGGAUUUCUUAUUUUCCAUGAGACUUCGGGUGGGGGGCAGGCCAUCAGGCUCAGCAAUCAUACUUUCUGGAGAUGGAAUGGCAACAGUAUCCCAUUAUUAUAGGAACUCAACCCGACUUUAUCAGUUUGACCUACCCUAUGAUGCAGGAAAGGUUUUGGAUGCAUCUGUUCUUCCUUCUGAAAAUGAUGGUGAAGAUGGUGCAUGGGUUGUAUUAACAGAGAAAGCUGGAAUAUGGGCAAUACCAGAAAAAGCUGUUGUACUUGGCGGAGUUGAACCACCUGAGAGAAGUUUGUCACGUAAGGGAAGCUCAAAUGAAGGAUCUGCACAGGAAGAAAGAAGAAACAUCACAUUUGCAGAAAAUGUUGGUCCUAGAAGAGCUAGUUCUGAAGCAUGGGAUGCUGGUGGUAGACAAAGGGCUGGUAUGACUAUUGCACAUAGAACUGCCCGAGAUGAAGAAUCGGAAGCUUUACUUGGUCAGUUUUUCCAAGAUUUUCUGUUAACAGGGCAGGUUGGUGCAUCAUUUGAAAGGCUUCAAAAGUCUGGGGCAUUUGAAAGGGAUGGAGAAACAAAUGUUUUCGCCCGGACAAGCAGAUCUAUUGUUGACACCUUAGCUAAACACUGGACAACCACUAGAGGCGCUGAAAUUGUGGCUUUAACCAUAGUUUCCAACCAACUAAUGGAUAAACACCAAAAGCAUCAAAGAUUUCUUCAGUUUCUUGCUUUAUCCAAGUGUCAUGAGGAGCUUUGUUCUAAACAGAGACAAUCUUUGCAAAUUAUCUUAGAACAUGGCGAAAAGCUUGCUGGAAUGAUUCAACUGAGAGAACUGCAAAAUGUGAUCAGCCAGAGCCGUUCAAAUGCAGCUGGAUACCCAUAUUCUACUGCAGAAGCUCAAAGUUCAGGAGCUCUUUGGGAUCUUAUUCAGUUAGUUGGUGAGAGAACCCGUCGGAAUACUGUUCUUCUUAUGGAUAGAGACAAUGCUGAAGUGUUCUACAGUAAGGUGUCUGACCUUGAAGAAGUAUUUUAUUGCUUAGACAGACACUUGGAAUAUGUAAUAAGUGAGGAACAACCACUUGAGAUUCAGAUCCAAAGAGCUUGUGAACUCUCAAAUGCUGUUGUCUCUGUAGUUCGCAAAGCUAUACUUUAUAGAAAUGAGCAUAACAUGUGGUAUCCGCCACUUGAGGGCUUAACACCUUGGUAUUGUCGACCUGUGGUGCGCAAUGGGCUGUGGAGAGUUGCAUCUUUCAUGCUUCAGCUGUUAAAUGAAACUACUGGACUCAGUAGUUCCAUAAAAUCAGAUUUGCAUAGUCAUCUAGAAGAAUUGGCUGAAGUUCUUCUUGAAGCAUUUUCUGGUGCUAUUACAGCAAAAAUUGAGUGUGGAGAAGAACAUAAAGGUCUACUAGAUGAGUACUGGACUAGGCGGGAUUUGCUUCUUCACUCCCUCUAUCAAAAAUUGAAAGAUUUUGCUGAGGGCAGGCAUCAGGUCUUGAAUGUAGGAUCUAAUGAACCAAAUAAUGAAAUCCUAAGAAAGCUUUCUUCAAGAUUGCUAUCAAUUGCAAAAAGGCAUGAAGGGUAUAAUACCAUGUGGAGUAUAUGCUGUGACCUCAAUGAUUCUAUACUUCUCAGAAAUCUUAUGCACGAGAGCAUGGGACCUAAAGGAGGUUUCAGUUAUUUUGUUUUCAAACAACUGCAUGCAAAGAGGCAAUUUUCCAAGCUUCUGAGGCUUGGAGAGGAAUUCCAGGAAGAGUUAUCCAUUUUUCUAAAACAUCAUCAGGAUCUGCUUUGGCUUCAUGAGUUAUUUCUUCAUCAGUUUUCCUCGGCUUCUGAAACUCUUCAUGUUUUGGCUGUUUCCCAAGAUGAGUUCUCUAUUUCAGAAGGUGAAGAGGGUGCAGAGCCUGAGCAUACCAACUUGAUGACAACACUAGCAGACAGAAAGCGUUUUUUAAAUCUCUCAAAGAUUGCUGCCAUGGCAGAUAACAAUGUUGAUUCUGAGACAAAGGUUAAGCGCAUUGAUGCAGAUUUGAAGAUCUUGAAAUUGCAGGAAGAAAUCAUGAAAGUACUUCAGGCUAAUGGAGCAGAGAUGGAUAAUGAACAGCGUCUGUUGCGUCCUGAGGAGCUCAUAGAACAAUGCCUGAAAGCAGAAAGCCCAGAGCUUGCAUUGCGAGCUUUUGAUGUGUUUGCAUGGACCAGCUCCUCAUUUCGUAGGAGCCACCGAAACCUUCUGGAGGAGUGUUGGAAGAAUGCUGCUGAUCAGGACGACUGGGGGAAACUUUAUCAAGCAUCUAUUGAUGAAGGAUGGAGUGACGAGGAAACACUGCAGCAACUGAGAGACACAGUGCUUUUCCAGGCAUCGAGUAGAUGUUAUGGUCCUCAAGCAGAAACUGUAGGAGAAGGUUUUGAUGAAGUGUUGCCACUGAGGAAAGAUAACUCAGAGGUUUCACCAUCUAAGGAUUUGGAAUUUUCUGUAGAAACAAUUUUGAUGCAGCACAAUGAUUUCCCUGAUGCUGGGAAGCUAAUGCUGACUGCCAUAAUGUUAGGUAGUUUACAGGAUGAUACAAAAGCAGAAGACGGUCCUUCUCCAAUGGAAUGAUAGUAAACGCUAAUCAAUUUUCUUCAACCAUUCUCUUAUUCUUGUACAACUCUUAGUGAUUUGUAGCACAUAGCAUAGCGUAUUUCUACGUGCAGCAAGGUUUUUAAUUGCAGUUGAAGAAUGCACAUGGAUGUGAUGGAGGCAUGUCGGUUUAGAAAAUAUUCCGGUAAUAGGCUGGGUCAUUUUAUCACUGACGCAGCGAUGCACUGUUAUAAUUGUGUUGCACUACAAGUGAUAAUUUCUCAUUGUCCAAAGUGGAAUGUUGAGGCUCUCCUACAAUUUAUAGCAUGUCUUUGUUGCAAAUGGAACUAACAGCAGCAGAUUUUAACACAGGAUAUGAAAGAAGCGAACUUUUGGUUUUAUAGCCGACGGAGCCUGCAAAAAGAGUGAAAUGCUUCUAAAACUAAUUGGCAGGUGGUUUCGGAUUUUACAACUGCAUUUACCUAUACUGUUACCAGACCUUUGAUUGUUUAACCUAACGUGGCAGGGGUGAUCUGGAUUUAGUGUUAUCUCAUCUCCUUUUGUUUUCCUUGAGGACUAAAUUAACUUUAUUAUUUUCACAUUAGUUUUAUAGAUAACACGAUUUAUCAAAUUAAGUUGAAUUUUUAUAAA